UCGACUGGUAGUGCUCUACGUUUACGUCUCAUUCAGUCCUCGAUGUGUUGGCUCUAUUUUUACUGUAGUGUGGGGAUUGUGGAGUGAGUAGCCGUAAUAUACUUUUUUAUGUUUGUUGAAAAUGAGUUCUGAAUUGGAGUUCAGUGAUAUUUGUUUGCUGACGAGAGGGUGCUUGAACGGUGGUAAAUUGAAACUUCAUAAAAAUGGUGUUGUAUUUAAAAACAAUAAAACUGGUAAAGUUGAGCAAAUGAACUCAAGCGACCUGAGUUGCGUGAAGUGGAUGAAAGUUGCAUUCGGUUAUGAGGUGAAAUUUGUUCUUGAAACAGGAUCACAGUUUAAGUUUGAAGGAUUCAAAGAGUCGGAUUUUGAUAAAAUAUCAAAUUUCAUCUCGAGCCAGUUCAACAUUGAAUUGGAAGAAGUUGAAUUAUCUGUAAAAGGCUGGAAUUGGGGAAGCCCAAGAUUUACUGAUUCUGUUCUAAGUUUUGAUGUUGAUAAUAAACCAGCAUUUGAAAUCCCUUUAAAAGAUGUUUCAGCUGCAACAACUGGCAAGAAUGAAGUUACCCUAGAGUUUCAUCAACAUGAUGAUACGGAGAUAGCUUUGAUGGAGAUGAGAUUUUAUGUUCCUCCUAGUAAUGAUGGCACUGAUGCAGACCCAGUUAAGACAUUUCAUGAAAAAGUUUUAGCAAAAGCAGAUGUUAUACAAGCCACAGGCGAUGCCAUUGUUACAUUUGAAGAAGUUGCAAUAUUGACACCGAGAGGGCGAUACACAACAAAAAUCUAUCCAACAUUUCUACAACUUCAUGGCAAAACUUAUGACUACAAGAUCCCUUACACAACAAUUCUUCGAAUAUUUCUUCUUCCUCAUCGAGACAACAGAUUUGUUUUCUUUGUUGUGAGCACCGACCCUCCUAUCAAACAAGGUCAAACACGUUAUCCUUUCAUUAUAUUUCGCUUUGAUAAAGAUGAAGAAGUUGAAGCAAAACUCAACAUCACAGAGGAAGAGAUCCAAGAAAAAUAUAAAUCAAAAUUAUCUCUUGAAAUGAACGGGCCAAUUCAUGAAGUUAUGAGUAGAUUAAUUAAAGCUGUUACAGGAAGCAAAAUAACUAUUCCAGGCUCCUUUAAAAGUCAUGGUUCAUUCAGUUCCAUAUCAUGCAGUUACAAAGCCGGGAGUGGCUUUCUCUACCCUCUGGAACGAGGUUUUAUGUUCGUCCCCAAGCCUCCUGUUCACAUUCGUUUUGAAGAAAUUUCAUGUGUAAAUUUUGCCCGUGUGCAAAGUGGUGGUGGCACAUCGAGCAGAUCAUUUGAUUUUGAAGUUGAGCACAAGAAUGGUAGCAUCGUAACCUUCAGCAGUAUAGACAAAGAGGAAUACAGUCGACUGUUUGACUUUGUUAGCGGAAAGAGUUUGAAAAUAAAGAACAAGGGAAUCAAGAACAAGAUGCGGACGUCUGGGGAAUAUUCUGGAUCGGAUGAGGAAGAGCAUGAUGCUUAUUUGGAGCAGAUGAAAGCCGAAGGAGCGGAGAAAAAUGACGAGGAUUCAGACUCUGAUGAUGAGUCAGAUGCCUCGUUCAAUCCUGGUGAAGAAGAGGAAAAAGAUAUAAGAGAAGAAUACGCGAGUGAUGUAUCUCCUACAGACAGUGAGAAUGAAUCUGAAGAGGAAGAAAAAUCACCAAAGAAAAAGAACGUGGAUAAAAAGAAAGUCAACGGAAAGAAAAAAAAUUUUGUCCAAGAGAAAUCGAAGAAGCAAAAAAAAGAAUUGCCUCCUGUGAAAUCCAAGAAAAGAGCGAAAAAAGAUCCAAAUGCUCCGAAGAAAGCUUUAUCUGCAUAUAUGAUCUGGUUGAAUGAAACGCGGGAAGAAAUAAAGAAAGACAAUCCUGGUAUAUCAAUCACUGAAUUAUCAAAAAAAGCUGGUCUACUAUGGAAGAAUCUUGAUGACAAAACAAAAUGGAAUAAUCUUGCUGCCGAAGCGAAGAUCAAAUACGAAGCACAAAUGAAAGAAUAUAACAAGAAUAAAGACAAGUCUUCUUCCACAAGUCCCAAGAAAUCAAGCAAAAUCACCAAACAUUCAACGAAAUCACCCAAGAAGGAUGAUUCCGGGAAAUUCAAGAGCGCGGAGUUCGUGGAAACAGAGGAAAGUAGCUCUGAGGAUGAUGCAAAAUCUAACAAAAAACGUUUGUCUAAAGAGGAGAAACCAUCAUUGUCCAGAGGUGGUAAGAAGUCUAGAAAGGAAGAAAGUGAUGAAGAAUCGAUGUCAGAAUGAGGUUUUACUGGUCUUAGCAUGCUUUGAUAUUUUGAACUUGUUUUUAGACUAAAGUCUUACAUCAAAAAUUUAUGUGUAUACAUAUAGCUAGGCAACGCAGGUACAUACAGAAUAUAUAAUUAUAAUCCAUAUCAUAAGUUAUUUAUUGCCAUGGCCAGACGCUCGUUUGUCGUUUAACUAAGAAGAGAAAUUUCUACCGUCGCUUUUAAUUUUUUCGGACAAAUGAGUAUACUUUUUCUUUACCGAAUCACGUUCGUUGCGGCGAAGUAAUUUGCUGGACUGAGCCAAAAUUUACCGUUUUACACACAUCAAUUUAACAAACUUUGAAAGAUGUCCAGUACAGAUGAAUUGUGUUGGAGCAAUUUGAAACAACCUGUGUCACCUGGUGAAUAUUUUAUACCAUUUGGAAAAGAUGUUUGUGAGAAAUGUAAAUGUGUCGCUGGAAAAGCAGUUGGUUGUAUUUUUGAGAAAUGCCUCCAGAAACCAACUUGUAAAACCUACAAAGCUGCUGUGGGAACUUGUUGCCAAUUUGAAUGUAUUAAAGAUGAUGACUUGCCAGAAAAGACAGAGUUUGUUGUGUUGCUAUCACUUGGUACAGGAUUACUAUUGUUGCUUUUCAUCUUAUUUUUGCUGCUUUGCUAUCGACGUGGGCGAAAUCGUGCUGAAAAACAAAAGAGCAAAGUGAAAUCAUUGGAACAAAUAUCAAGAGAACAAAAUGAUAUACUUGAGUUGCCUGACUCUGGGGAAAGUAGAGUUGAAUUCCCACCAUCUUAUACAACGGCAACAAAACAGCCACCUAAUGAACCUCCACCACCAUAUAUUGUUGGAGAAGAAUCUGCUGUAUGAAUUAUAUUCAUCAUUAACAUUACAAUACAAACUGCAGUAUUGAUUUUUAUGUUUGUAUAAUUUAACAUGACAAUCUUUCAUUUGUAAUUACAAUAAAGAUAUUUUUGCUAUAGUUUAAUUGAUAUGACUGGCAAAGUAAGUUUCCAGCUUCAAUUGCUCAAUGCUUCAAAAUUGAGGGUAUUUGGACAUGACUAACAUAGGCAGUUAAAAUUGAGAAGAAUUCAUUAAUUAUUAGCCUACUAAUUGUAAUAUAAAAUUUAGCAAAUAAAUGAAAUGAAAGAAGAUUUUAGGUUUGAAAACAUGGUGACAUUAACAUUUAUUAA